CAGAGGUGUGUCUGGGACCUGGUACUUUGAGACAGCUGCAAUAAAUUUGCCAGUGAGAAAAUGAUUAAUGUUUAACCUAUUGAUUUGUAAAGUUUGAUUUAUUUCUGCUAUGUUCACACAUUCGCAACAAAGGCAACAGGGAAGUAACUGAGCACAACAUGUCCACCGCUGUUUGGUAUCUGCUCCAGUCUGUUUCUGGGCGAGGCCUUGUCAAAGUCAAGCCUGGGGCUAGACUUUGCCACAAUGUGCUCCAAGGCAAGGCCUCUCUUUCUGCCUCACUCAGCAAGCAGUAUUCCCAACAGGCUGCAAAGGCUGAAGGUUUAAUCUUCCGACAGCUCUUUGAGAAGAUCAGCUGUACUUACACCUACCUUUUGGCUGACUCCCGGAGUAAGGAAGCUGUUAUCAUUGACCCAGUGAUUGAGGAAGUCAAUCGUGAUGUGAAAUUGAUUGAGGACCUGGGUUUGAAACUGCUGUACGCAGCCAAUACCCAUUGCCAUGCAGACCAUGUGACAGGAACAGGCCUCCUGAAGAAGAUGCUGAUUGGAUGCCAAAGCGUUAUCUCGAAGGACAGUGGGGCAAUGGCUGACAUUUACAUCAAGGAAGGUGACAUCAUCAACUUCGGCAAGUUUUUUCUGGAGGCACGUUCAACCCCAGGGCACACAGAUGGCUGCCUCACCUUCGUCCUCAAUGACCAAACCAUGGCCUUCACUGGAGACGCUCUGCUUAUCCGAGGCUGCGGACGGACUGACUUUCAACAAGGUAAUGCCGAGACUCUGUAUCGUUCUGUCCAUGGGAAAAUCUUUACCCUCCCUGCUGACUGCCUACUGUACCCAGCUCACGAUUAUACAGGACAGACCAUGACCACAGUGGACGAGGAGCGGAGACUGAAUCCACGUCUCACCAAACCCCUAACAGAAUUUGUCACUUUGAUGAACAAUCUCAAUCUUCCGAAGCCUGCCCAGAUUGAUGUUGCUGUCCCUGCUAACCUCCGUUGUGGCGUCCAGGACCAGCCGGUAGCGAGUGGCCCCUGAGCGGUUCUGAUGAGGCUUCCCCCUUCCACCCCGAGUGACCUUUUAACUGCAGGCUGCGGUCUCAGGCACACAGCAUCACCGUGUUCAAUCUGUCGGGGUCAAGCGGAGAUUAUCUCACAGUUAGUUCCAUUUCGGAAUGGAACAUAUCUUCAGUGAAUUUCACACCAAGCCAGGCGCGAGCCUCGUCACAUCAGAACAUUGUCAAAUUUGUUGAUUGCUAUUUUAAAAUAAAUUAACCAGAAAUCAAAGUUUA